GAGUACCACCACGACAGCGUGGAAGCAGCUCUCUGACUCUCUGCUCUCUUUCCUCCUUAACAGGCCUACCCCUAUCCUGCAGAUCAUCAAUCUUUCCCUCCGUGUUCCAAGAUCCUAUCUCCUUCACUUUAAUCAAGUCGAAUCAUAUAAACUCUCUCGAGAAAAUCAAAGCGAAAACGCCAUAAAAGUACUUCGGAAAGUUUCUUUAUUUUACAUUGGGUGAUACAAACAGCGGAACCGGGUUAUCUCGUCUAGCUUCGGAGAGAACGACAAACAGCGAGAACAAUGGCGGGAAUAGCUUUAAUCUUAGAUAUGUUAAGGAAAAACCCAAACUUUCAUUCACAACAAAGCUUCCACUCUUCUGGGUUGUUCUCGGCCUCCUCCGCCGCAUCCCUAGCCGCGGCUUCCGUUGCUGCUAGCGCCCCUUUUGCAUCUAGGUUUCUCUUCGGUUGUCCUAAAACACCAGUGGCUUAUUGUGAUGCUGGUGCAGCACUCACUGAUGAUUACAUUUCUAAUAUACGGAGAGCAUCAGGAGAUAUAUUUCGGCAUAAUUCUCUCACAUAUACUACCAAAGAGUACAACAUCGAGCUAAAGCCUCUGUUUUCAGCUUUUGAGUUUAAGACAUUUGCUAUGACAACCUUGAGGUCUUUCUUGAUGUUCUAUUUGCCUCUUCUGGAGCCUAAUAUGAGCACUGAAGAGGACGAUGAAGAUUUCCUGCAGGACACUCAAGACGGAAGGCAUGUCGAUUUGGUUGUUCCUUUCAAGAAAUCAAUGAAGCAAAUUGUUCGUGAGGCAGGACACUUUCUAGGUGUUGCUGCAUCAUGGCUAGUCCAAGUUGGUAUAGAAAUCUUCCGAUGCUUUUCUCGCAUAACAAACUCGGAAGAAGAGGAAAAUCAGGUCAAUAAAUCAGAACAAGCUAAAGUUCUUGGGAAGAAAGUUUCAGGUAUUACUAUCAGAUGCGGUGCAUCACUUGUUUUCGCUUCAAUUGGAGCUGGGAUAGGUGCAGUCCUCAUUCGUCCUAGUUCUGGACAGUGGAUUGGAUGUGCUCUUGGGGACUUGGCAGGACCUAUUGUUGUGUCAGUUUGCCUUGAGAAAGCUCUCCAUUCAGAUCUCUAAAGCUCACCUGGCAUCAUUUAGCUGACAUAUCUAUUCAAACACGUUUCAAGUUGAUAUUUUUGUUGCUUGAAGAAUUUUUUGGAGUCUCAUUUGUAUGCUAACUUCUAAUUGAAAAAUUCAUUAGUGACUUUUUGCACCUUAUAGUGGGUUAGAUUGCUGAGCAUUCAUAACAUAUGGACUCUGUAAUGACUGUCCAUGUCUGUAUUAAAUUCGAAUCAAUUUUUAUCAGAUAAGCUAAGCAAGAAUUCAGGAAAGAAUCACAGGCUACAUAGUAUAUUA